AGCUGUUAAAACCGCUGCCCUUGCACUUUGGAAUCGCAUCUCGAGACUCGCUAGGCGCCCCAGCCGCAUCCCUCCAGCAGCGGCCGGCGGCCCGGGACCCGCGGGCUGUGAACCAUGUACACCCGCAGCAGAGCGGUGAGCUCCGGGCUCGGCGCCUCCCCUGCCUCCCGCCCGGCCCGGGACCCCCGGGACCCUUACGGGCGGCACGGGGAGCUGGGCCCGCUGCAAGACCAGAGACAGGGUUUGGAGGCAGCCCCCGAGAACCCUUCGCGGGAGAGCAUCGUGCAAGCCGGUCAGAGGCACACAAGUGCAUAUACCAUGAUAGCACCAAAUGUAAACCGAAGAAAUCAGAUACAAAGAAUUGCGGAGCAAGAGCUGGCCAACCUGGAGAAAUGGAAGGAGCAGAACAGAGCUAAACCACUUCACCUGGUGCCCAGGCCGCUAGGUGGAAGCCAGUCAGAAACUGAAGUCAGACAGAAACAACAACUCCAGCUGAGGCAAUCUAAGUACCAGCAAAAGCUAAAAAGAGAAGAAUCUGUAAGAAUCAAGAAGGAAGCUGAAGAAGCUGAACUCCAAAAAAUGAAGGCAAUUCAGAGAGAGAAGAGCAAUAAACUGGAGGAGAAAAAAAGGCUCGAAGAAAACCGUAGAAGAGAAGCAUUUAGAGAGCAUCAGCAAUACAAAACUGCUGAGUUCUUGAGCAAACUGAACACAGAAUCUCCAGGCAGAAGUGCCUGUCAAAGUGCUGUUUGUGGCCCACAAUCCUCAACAUGGAAACUUCCUGUUCUGCCUAGGGAUCACAGCUGGGACAGAAGCUGGGCUUAUAGAGAUUCUCUAAGGGCGGAAGAAAACAGAAAAUUACAAAGGAUGAAGGAUGAACAACAUCAAAAGAGUGAAUUACUGGAACUUAAGCGACAGCAGCAAGAGGAAGAAAGAGCCAAAAUCCACCAGACUGAACACAGGAGGGUAAAUAAUGCUUUUCUGGACCGACUCCAAGGCAAGAGUCAACCAGGUGGCCUCGAGCAAUCUGGAGGCUGUUGGAAUAUGAAUAGCAGUAACAGCUGGGGUAUAUGAGAAAAUAUGGACUCUCAUCUGGCUUUUGUCAGCUGACCUUGAAAAGUCUCAUGAAAUACUUUUGAAUGAGAUUUUGUUCAGUCUUACUGUUUUUGCCUUGAUUCCAACUGCCCACCCACUUGACUGAUCUUUCAGGAAUGACUGGUUUCUCCCUGUCCUCAUUUGUGCAUGUUUGCAGAAGCUGAUUACUGAACUCAUUUAAUUUCUACUGCCAGUGAAAUGCUACAUUAUUUUUUUAAUUGGAAGUAUAAUUAGAGUAAUGUUGGUAAAGUAAAAAAUGAGGGGGUCACUUGAUGCUUUCAGGUUCAUCAGAGUUGUGGGUGCUACAGGCUAGUCUCUCUAAGUGACAAAUUCUUACUGAAUCCUCAGAUCAGGUUUUGGAAAGCUUUGGGAGGUCUUUUUAGAUUUUAAUCCAUACUUUCUUAAUCUGUGGUAUAAAUAUGCACACAAAAAAUUGAUGUCUUAUAUUCUUUUAAACAAAUUAUAAAUAAAUUUUGAACUACUUCUGUA